AUGCCUAAGGACCGAUUCAGCAGGAACCCGUACCCGGACGUGCGCGUGUCCGAGGAAGAGCGCGAGCACCUCAUCGACCUCGUGAACGGCUGCGUGCAGAGCCACUUCCACAAGUACGACGAGUUCGUCGUGAAUGCCAAGCACCAGGUGGACGAGCGACGCUGGGAGCACGUCAAGUCCAAGGACGACAUGCACGUGUACACUGAGCGCGCCAACAAGGACUCGGUGAAGGACAUGGCCAGCAUGCUCAGCGUCGGCACCUUCGUGGGGGACCUGGAGGACCUCAUGUUCGGCAUCCUCAACACCACACGAGACGCCAUGCGCGUCAAGACCGCGUACGUCGGGGACAUCGACAACGGCGCCAUCCUGUGCCCCGUGGUGGAACCCACCGACGACGAGCCGUUCCGGACGCUCACGAUCAAGUGGAUGAUCGCCGACUCGUCCAGCAGCAAGUGCCGCGACUUCGUGUGCAUCGAGGCCACCGACAUCCUGCAGCUCGACAACGGCGAGCGCAUGGGCUACCACGCGCUGCACUCCGUCGAGUUCCCGCAGACCAAGCCGCUGCCCAUGAUCAUCCGCGGGAACCUGUCGUCCGUCAACUUCUUCCGACCAAUCCACAGCACUAUCAUCGACAACUUCGGCUCGUGCUUCGUCGACCCGGGCGUGAAGGCCAUGCGUCGACUGUUUGUAUCAAACACGGCCAAGACGAUGCUGACGGCGACCAACUACGUGCGCUGCGGCCAGAUGAAGAAGCUCGCGUGGAUGCUGCAGCGCACCCCGCCGUCGUCCAAGCUGCGCGACGAGACGCAGCACAGCAACGCGUGCGUCAUGUGCGGCCGACACAAGAGCAUCCCCGGCAUCAAGAAGAGCACAUGCAAGCUCUGCCACGGCCGCGUGUGCUACAGUUGCAAGGUACGGGAGCACAUGAGCUUCGUGUCGCAGGAAGGAGAGCUCGUGCAGCACAAGAUCACCUUCUGCUCGCUGUGCAUGAGCAAGGCUAUUAACUGCAGCACCCAGGAGGCCGCGAGGGACCAGACCAUGAGCUUCCGCUCGUGCGGGAGCUCCUCCACCUUCUCGGAGACCACAGUCCUGGGCUCGACGUUCGCAGACUCCACCUACUCGGCAUCAAGCAUGUCGGAGAAUUCCUUAUAUCAAUAA